AAUGAGUAAGGUAAAGACCAAGAAGGCGUGGAAUGGAUGGGACGGUUCCCUCCUUCUGACGGUUGCUUUUAUUUUUAUAUCCACUCGUUUUUGCGCUGACUGUGUGUUUCCGCCACUACUCGUUCGCCCGACUAGGCCCGACCGGUGGUGAUUUACACGUUUGGUGAAUAUAUAUGACGUUGUAUCUUUACGGGAAGUCGCACUCGCUAGACUUUGAGCUGCAGAGAGGAACAUGUGGCUGUGAAGGUUCAGCAGGGCGGGUUCACGGAAGUCUAAAAAAAUAUACAUAUAACUUCCCCACAUUUUCCAUGAAUCACGUCACACCCACCGGUUGCAGGAGGUGUUCUCUGCACAAUCUUCACACGGUGUCUGUUCAGCUUUAGUCUUUAGUCCAAAAUAAAAAUAAUUCGUUUAAAUUUGAUAAAAUAUUUUGACUUGUUUCUUGACUCUUCGACCCCAAUGAAGGUCACUGGCCCAAAUGCGUUGUUCUGACAAUAUAGUGUUUCUAUAAAAAGUGUUACAAAUUAUUCAGACGUUUCACUUCCUCAACAGACACACAAAAAACUUUACACAUUAGUGUCCUUUUGGGAGGCCAUUCAACACAGUUGCAUUCUCGCUCUUUAUUUUUAUUUCCCUAAAACCUUCCCCGUCACUUUUCAGCAAAAAUGCACAAUUUCAAUGUAUGUUUCGAGAACACAAACAUCUGAAUGUGGUUAACCAACACAUUUCCUGUUGCUUCAACAAAAAAGAAGGGCGGGCGUCAGACACAGGAAACCUGCAGUCCUGAGGUGAGUUUAGAAAUGAAUUUGUUGUGCGAACGCCCAUUUAGGGUUUGGUCUAUUUCCUUGUGAAGAUUACAGCGCAGACAAAUGAGUCAACUCGGCUACAUCUGCAGGUGGAUGGAAAAUGAUGCUUGUCAAAGUCCUCAGUGUCAUAUAUUCAUUGUCAUUGGUUUUGACAGAUUUCACUGCCUGUGCAGCUCAGAACUCUGAUGAUUACACCACGGCUGAAUCCAGUUUUCCUUUGUCUACACCCGUCUAUGUUACAGAGCCUCCUGUACCGUCUCUGCAGCGACGUUCAGAGAGGUCAGAUGUGUUCCCUUCUGAGAAAGUGGAGCUAAGCUGUAGUGUCCCAAGCAGCGCUGCCUGGACCUUCAGCUGGUACAGAGACACGCAACGAGUACAAAAUACGGAUCCAAAUGUGGCCUUGUCGCCAAAUGGCUCAAAUCUUAUCAUCACAGCAGCAACUCAAAGCUACUCUGGAAUGUAUUCCUGUGAAGCUCACACUCCUACAUCAACAACGGCUGUUACCACUAAAAGAAGUAAUUCCAUCAAAAUCACAGUUCAUGCAAACAAACCCAAACCCACUUUGACCAGAAGUUCAAACUUUGACAAGAUGUUCCCCGGAGAGUCGGUCACCUUCACAUGCAAGGUCGAUGUGUCUGAUGGAUGGCUUUAUCUUUGGUACCAUGAUGGAACAGAAGUUCAACCUUCUAGUGUGGGUACUUACACCAUAGCAUCUAUAGAUCACACCCAUAGUGGGAAAUACCACUGCAAAGCCAAAAGAGCCAACGGUCCCUUCUACACAGAAGAGAGUGACACAACGGCUCUGCAUGUCUCUGACCCACCUAAACCAUCACUGAAACUGCUGAGUCCAUGGCCAGAUGUGUUUGAAAAUGAGACAGUGGAGUUCCGCUGUGAAGUCCACAGCCCUGACUGGACGAUCUCAUGGAACAAAGGUGGAAACGAGUCCAGGGACGAGCUAGACGAGAUCCAGAAUGCAGAGGGCCCAUUUCUCAACCUCACCGGGAUAUAUGCCACCUAUGAAGGUGGCUACACCUGCAAAGCUCACCUCAAAUCAAGGGGAGUCAGCUCUGGAUUCAGCAACACAGUCAACAUCACAGUUUAUGAUCACACUCCUAUACCAACGUUGACAAGGGUUCCUGAUUUUAACCCGAUGUAUGUUGGAGAAACCGUGAACUUAAAAUGCGAAGUGAAUUUGUCUUCCGGCUGGAAGUAUCAGUGGUACAAAAAUGGAAUUGAGCAGCAAACGACGAAGGAAACCAACAGCAUCAAGCUUUCUCUUUCUGAUCGUGGAAAGUACCAGUGCCGUGCCGCCCGAGGUGAAAUAAUAUCAACGGAGUUCAGUGAAGAAAUCAAACAAGAUGUACUUGAAAUCCCCGUUCCAUCGUCGAAGUCAGCCACGCCGUUGGACGUGUUCCCCGGUGAGAGCGUGAAGUUGAGCUGUGCGAUGGCCGGUGGCGCCGACUGGACAUUUUCGUGGUUCAAAGACAAACAGCCGGUCCAGCCACAUCCUACUACAUCCUCUGAUGUAGGUGCAGCUACUCUCUCCAUCAGUUCUGCUUCAGCCUCACAUGGUGGACAAUACAGCUGUUUAGGAAAACUCAAGAGCCGGCCUUCUGUCACCAGCACCUCCAGUCCUGAACUAACUCUCAGUGUUUAUGAUGCAAAACCCAGAGUCACACUGAUGCAGAAUCCCAUACACAAUGUGAUGCACACUGAAGAGUCAGUCUCUUUUAGCUGUCACAUUAAUGUCUCUUCUGGAUGGGAGUACCUGUGGCUCAAAGAUAGAACAUUACUCCCCGAAUCUGGAAAAAAUCACACCAUCGAAUCUGUAGAGACAAAAAACACUGGCUCAUAUCAAUGCCAAGCUAAAAGAGGAAGAGGUGCAGUCUUCAGCUCGGACCAGAGUCCGGCUGUGAGACUUGACGUUAAGGAGCGCCCGCAGGCCGGCAUAACCCUGUUAACUGGCUGGUCCGAGGUCUUCUCCACGGACAGCUUGGUGCUCAAAUGCGAGGUGCACGGAAGUCAGGACAUGUGGAACUACACAUGGUUCAAAGCGGAUCAACUCAUCAAUCUUCUGCCCUCUGGGAAGCACACAGUCACACCCCAGAAUGACCCCGAGCAGAGCCAGUACACCUGCCGCGGUAUUAGUACCGGUAGACCAUCUUAUUCAAGAAGGAGCGAUUCUCUCCAAACUAAGAACCUUCUUCUGAAGAGGAGGGUGCUUCUUUCGAUCUCUGGCUGCAUCGUCUUUGGCAUCGCUGCAGUCUUUCUUGGAUGCAUCCUCCUCAGAGUCUUUCGCAAAUCAGAUGAUAGUGAAGACAAGCCGGCGGAGAAUGAGCUGUUUCUCACCAUGGCUCAGCUGAGGGAACGUGAUGAUGCAACCUGUCCAAUGGUUCAGUACAUAACAGAUGCGGAACUGAAUGCUCCAUCUAAAGAAGCUGACGAGAAUGGAACAAUUUGCAGUGAGACAACUGAGAUUCCAAUAACCUCACAAGAUGAGCACGUUGUGAAGAGUGAGACCGAAGAUGUGACAGAAAAGAACGGCGGGCUGAUUUCCUUUAAAUAAAGAUCAGCUCUUCUUGUUGCCAUUUUAGCAGAUUUAGCUGCAUUUAUCAGAAUUUAAUGGACAAGUGUUGAGAGAAUGUUGCUAUUGUGCGAUGCUUACCACUAGCAGGGCAGCAGGUUGACUUGUCAGCGGUGAUCGAUAAACGAAAAUUUGACAAGAUAUGCCCUUUAGGGACUGUAAAAUUUAAUGGGAUUAAUGGCAUUCAAUAUGACAAAUUGCACCCUCUGCCAACAGACAUAUGCCAUAUAAAUGUGCAUUGCUUUUUGAUGCACUCUGUAUUACCUGAUAGCAUGAUAUUAGUUUGUAUUGUUGUACAUAUUUAAAAUGGUUAAAGGCAGUUAAAAUAUGCAUUGUUAUUUAUGUGAUAAGAACGAAUCAUAUACAUUUUCUAGCUUAUUUUGUUUCUCAAUUAUCAAAAGCACUGUGCGUACAGUAUGUGCUGCUCUGCAGGAUCAUUUAUCAAAUAUCGGGGGCCAGAUAUUUAAACGAUGUGGACUCACAAAAAAAACGUGUACGUCUUUUGUCCCACUCACACAAUUAAAGAUUGUGUUAUCAUUUGUUGUUCUGCACAGCCUUCUGUAAGACUUCAAUCAAACAUGUUUGAAGUUUACACAUGUAGCAGCUAAAUUUUAAACUAUUAAUUCAGUAAUAUUGGUUUAUUGAUUAUUUUUGUUAAGGCCGUGUCGCCGGUGAUAAUGAUGACAGAUAUUACUGUGAUUCACAGGUACAUGUGGUGAAUUAGUUGCAUGAGUGGAUAUUGUUGACUCAUCUGGCCCCCGUUGUCAGUAAAUGUAAGUUAGUCUCAUAUUUAACAGUAAAGGUUUCAGCAAUUAAUCGUAUUACAUGUUUCAUUACAUUUAUCUAAAGUGAGUGAUUCUACAAAUAUGAUAUUCAAGCAUUUUGUGUCUCCCUAUGAAGUUAUCGGAAUAAAAAAUACAAAAUGA